AUGAGGAAUUUCCUCGCUCUCCUGCUCGUUUGCCUCUUUGUGAGCGCCGCGCUGGCAAAGAGAAGCAAGAAGGAAAAGAAAGCGAUUUUAUUGCAUGAGCUUGAAGAAGAGAAAGAAAGAGCAGAGAAACUUGCUGAAGAAGUUAAAGCCCUUGACGAAGAUGAGGAUGAAGAGGAGGAUGAUGAUGAUGAUGAAACAGAAGAGACCAAUGAGAAUGAACAGACGAAAAUAUUAUUUGAUGAGGACGAAGAGGAAGAUGAAAAUGAAGACGAAGAUGAUGUGAAACCAGUCCCUGGUAGAAAUCCUUGUGAAACCAAGAAAUGCGGCCGGGGAAUGAACUGCAUAUUGGUUAAAAAUCAAGCAGUCUGUGAAUGCAUCAGCAAGUGCCGAAGGCAGGAUGCCCGCCAUAAUGUUUGCAGCAAGGGAAACGAGACCUUUGAGACUGAAUGCGAUCUUGACCGUCAGUUUUGUCUUUGUUCUCACGACUUAGAAGGCUGCAGCGAUCCAAAAUACAAAAAAGUCCGACUUGAUUAUUAUGGAGCCUGCAAGAAACUGCCUCAAUGUCUCCCGAAACAGUUGAAAGAAUUUCGCGUCCGUGUCCAAGAAUGGCUUCUUAGAGUCAUGAAGGAUUUGAAAGCUCGAAAGCAACUUAAUGAUUAUGAAGUAUGGUUGGAUGCCGCCAAAAAGGAAAAGAAUCAUGAACACGCCGUUGUGUGGAGAUUCUGUCAAUUGGAUAACAAACCCAGAGAUACGGAUUCAUAUCAAGCAGCCAAAUGUCUCUCUCUCUCUCUCUUUGUCUCUCUCUCUCUCUUUUUGUCUCUCUUUUUGUCUCUCUCUUUCUCUCUUUUUGUCUCUCUUUUUGUCUCUCUCUUUGUCUCUUUUUGUCUCUCUCUUUGUCUCUUUUUGUCUCUCUCUCUUUGUCUCUUUUUGUCUCUCUCUUUGUCUCUUUUGUCUCUUUUUUCUCUCUCUCUUUGUCUCUCUCUGUCUCUCUUUUGUCUCUCUCUCUCUCUCUUUUUCUCUCUCUCUCUUUUUUGUCUCUUUUUGUCUCUCUCUCUUUUGUCUCUCUCUCUCUCUCUUUUUCUCUCUCUCUCUUUUUCUUUCUCUCUCUCUCUUUUCUCUCUUUUGUCUCUCUCUUUUGUCUCUCUCUUUCUUUGUCUCUUUUUUGUCUCUCUCUCUUUGUCUCUUUUUGUCUCUCUCUUUUGUCUCUCUCUCUCUUUUCUCUCUUUUUCUCUCUUUUUCUCUCUUCUCUCUCUCUCUUUCUCUCUCUUUUCUCUCUCUCUCUCUUUUUCUCUCUUUUUUCUCUCUCUCUCUCUCUCUCUUUUCUCUCUCUUUUGUCUCUCUCUCUCUUUUUCUCUCUUUUGUCUCUCUCUCUCUCUCUCUCUCUUUUUUUUUCUCUCUCUCUUUUCUCUUUUCUCUCUCUCUCUCUCUCUUUUCUCUCUUUUUUCUCUCUCUCUCUCUUUUUCUCUCUUUUUGUCUCUCUCUCUCUUUUCUCUCUCUUUUCUUUGUCUCUUUUUUCUCUCUCUCUCUCUUUUUUCUCUCUCUUUUGUCUCUCUCUCUCUCUCUUUGUUUUCUCUCUUUUUUUGUCUCUCUCUCUCUCUUUUUCUCUCUCUUCUCUGUCUCUUUUUUCUCUCUCUUUCUCUUGUCUCUUUUUCUCUCUUUUUUCUUUUUGUCUCUCUCUCUCUGUCUCUCUCUCUCUCUCUCUUUUUGUCUCUCUCUCUCUCUUUUUCUCUCUUUUUGUCUCUCUCUCUCUCUUUUUCUCUCUUUUUGUCUCUCUCUCUCUCUUUUUCUCUCUUUUUGUCUCUCUCUCUCUCUUUUUCUCUCUUUUUGUCUCUCUCUCUCUCUUUGUCUCUUUUUCUCUCUUUGUCUCUUUUUCUCUCUUUGUCUCUUUUUGUCUCAUGUUCAAAAUACAUGAGUCGUCGGGAAUUGCAAUUCACCAUUCAUUCAUUGAAAGGCAUGGAACAAUGUCUUGUGCCAUUUUUGAGCGACUGUGACAAGAACUCUGACCGCAAGAUCAGCUUGGAGGAGUGGGAAAUGUGCUUGGAUCUAGAUAAAGAUCAAGUUCCCAAACACUGCCUUCCAUUAAUGGAUUAG